AAAAAGCAUCACUCUCUCUCUCUCUCCUUCUUGAUCAUUUCUGCACUCUUCAAAAGGCUUUAAUAAGACCUUUUUUUUUGUUUGUGUGUCAAAAAAUGGAAGCCAAUGAGAUUUGGCAUUGUUUUUCACCCUCCACUUUAUUAUUCCUCUCCAUUUCCCUUUGAUUUCUCUCAAAUUUCACCUCACAACAACUCCUUCCUCCCUUCACUAAACACACUUUCUCUGUGAUAAUUUUAGCUUAAAUUUUGAAUUUUUGAAAGGAAAUGGUGUGGAACAGAUCAAGAGCAGUGAGAACCAAACAAGCCCUAAUGUCUGAUCAAACUCCAUUAUUCCUCUCUCCCACCAAAAACCCUAAUUCCUCCCCAAUUUCCUCCUUCUUCAAUGGCUUCCUCCUCCCAAAAUCCAAUCUUGAGUCAGAAACCACCAGCCCCACCUCAAUUCUCGACCCCAAAAUCCCCAAUUUCCAAAACCCCUUCGCCCUCGACCCGCCGCCGCCGCGCCACCACGACUUCGAAAAAUCGAUCGGGCUGGCCCUAAUUGACUCGAUCGCCGACGAUUUGGGCGGCGGCGAUUGCCGAUUCCCGAAGCCGAUUAACCGGCUGGCGCUGAAGGUGCAGAUUCCGGAGAUCAGCAGCUCGAUUUCGGAGCAAUCGCCGAGAUCGCCGGCGGAUUUUGGGAUCAAGACGCGGGGGCUGCAGGUGACGAGCCCGAGCCCCUUCGGCGGCGGCGGAGGGAAGGGUUUUGCGCGGCAGCUGUCGCUCAAGGAGAUGGAGAUGUCGGAGGAUUACACGUGCGUGAUCAAGCACGGCCCCAAUCCAGAGACCAAACACAUCUACGAUGACUGCAUUUUGGAUGAAGAUGAUCCAAAAUUGGAUCUUUCGCAGCCCCAAACUGAGGAACCGAAGGAUUUCUUCAGCUUUUGCCACGCUUGCAAAGCUCUUCUUCAAGAGGAUAAAGACAUUUACAUUUACAGGGGUGAGAAAGCAUUUUGUAGCCAAGAAUGCCGCAGCAAAGAAAUGGUGUUUGAGGGGAUGGAGAAUCCAGGGUCAUUUUAGGGAUGUGAAGAUUUUUUGGUUUUUGAAUCUUCUGAAAUUUUGUUGCUUCUCUUUCUUCUUCUUCUCCCUUUGCAUAUAUACAGAUAAAUGGGAGGCACAAAUCAUUGCUUGGAACUUGUAUCACAUUUGAUGAAUGAUUUUGGCGAUUGAAACAUUUGUAAGAAUUGAUCAGUGGUUCAAUUAAUUAAAAACAUUGUAACUUGAAGGCAACAAUGAUUACCUUGUUGCAUUUCAUCUUGGCCGUUGAAUCUAAUCCAUCACUGUACAA